GGAUGUAUGACUACGUGAAAUUUAUAGUGCAGAAAACAAAAUCAAUUCUUGCAGCCUUGCCAUUAUCGAACCGUCUUUCGAAGCUCCGCCCACCGACUCGAUGUGUUCUGCCAUUGUUUAAUCGUGUCUAGUUGCUUUAAAAACACCUCUUACAUGAUCGGCAUAUUUUGUUCAUCACAGUCACUGUCGCUCAGACCUAGAAGAAACACUUCUCAGAUCACUUUCAACCUCACGAUGGACAGAUAAACACAAAUGCACCGUUGAUCCAGCAAGCCAGCAGAGGUGUGAGCCACUGAAAGAGAUGCUUCCCUGUCAUCGGUUGAACCUCGCGAUUCUCCAGCUGUGCUUGUUGUCGUUGGUGUCAUUUACCGACAGCAGAAGUUUGAAAUGUUCACCGGGGAAAGCGUGCUCGAAUCGACCGCCUGUUGUUCUCAAAACCAUCUAGCAUCCUGCAAAACACACCUACCCAUGUUGACUGGAUUUUCCGUCAGGUACUUUUUGUGUAAAAAGUUCCAGGAGAUCUCGGAAAUCAGCUAGAAGCAAAACUGGACAAACCUAGUGUAGUGCACUACAUCUGCUACAAGAAGACCGAUGACUACUUCACGCUGUGGCUCAACCUGGAGCUGCUGGUGCCUGUGGCCAUUGACUGCUGGAUUGAUAACAUGAGGCUACUGUACAAUCGUACAACCCACCUCACUGAAGCUCCUCCGGGGGUGGAUGUCAGAGUGCCUGGGUUUGGAAAGACGUAUAGUUUGGAAUAUCUGGAUCCCAGUAAACGGAGUGUGGGCAUGUACUUCUUCACUAUAGUACAAGCACUGGUUGAUUGGGGGUAUACCAGAGAUGACGAUGUUCGAGGUGCCCCCUAUGACUGGCGUAAAGCCCCCAAUGAGAAUAAGGAGUACUUCUUGCAUCUGCAGCAGAUGAUUGAGGAGAUGGCUAAUAAGGCUGGAGGUCCUGUGGUCCUCAUUGCACACAGUAUGGGGAACAUGUACACUCUCUAUUUCCUUAAUCAGCAACCACAGGCUUGGAAGGACCGGUACAUCAAGGCAUUUGUUUCUCUGGGGCCUCCAUGGGCUGGAGUGGCCAAAACUCUGAGAGUUAUGGCAACAGGCGACAACAACCGCAUUCCCGUCAUCAGUCCUCUAAAAAUCCGCACCCAGCAGCGAACGGCCGUCUCCACCGUCUGGCUCUUCCCCUACGCCCACACCUGGCCCAAGGACAUGGUCCUGGUUUCCACCCCCAACGCCAGCUACACAGUCCAAGACUAUCAGCGCUUCUUCAAAGAUAUUGACUAUGAGGACGGCUGGGCCAUGAGAGAGGACACAGAACCGCUGGUCAGUGCUCUUCAACCUCCGGGUGUUCCUGUCCACUGUGUUUACGGCAGCGGCAUUCCUACACCUCAGGGCUACAAUUACACAAACUUCCCAGAUGUAGACCCCACCGUCAUCAACGGAGAUGGAGACGGAACUGUCAACUUAUUGAGUGCCAUACAAUGCAAACGCUGGAAGAGCCAGCAGACAAAGCCUGUCCACAUGUUCGAGCUGCCCGGAAACGAGCACGUCGCCAUGCUGUUGAACAUAACCACAGUUAACUACAUCCAUGAUGUGCUGUUUUCACCGUGAUGGCAUCGAGGCUUCACACUUCCCCUCUUUAACUUUGAACUGAUCAGUAAGGUUUGCCAAACAGACAGGACUCGGUUCUGCUUUUUGGGUAGAUGUCGAUCACUUCUGGAGGAUGUUCCUUACCGUAAUUCGUUUUCAGAGUUCCCUUAUUGUGGAAUUAUCAGGACAUCAACGUAAAAGUCAUCAACUGUUGGGCACAAUCAGCAUUUAAAGAAAUUAUUCUUGAAUUUUUUUUUUUUUUUUUUUUACUUCUCAAUUCAGAUCUAAAAUUGAAUCAGAUCUAAAGUAAUUUCCAGUUGUUUAAUGUGAAAUAGCAAUUGCCUGCCGUUAAUCCUCGUCAAUUUACAUUUUUAAAUAUUGUCUUUUUUAAACCUUUUUAAAUUUUAACCUCCUAUAGCCACAACUUCUUUAAUCUACAGAUUUUAUCUUGUUUUUUUUUUUUAAAUGUUUCUAUCCGAAUUGUACUGACACUGCAGUAUUUCAGUCGAUCCUACUUACAAGCAAGUGGCUAUUUAUCAGGCUGUCUGUGACCAGUAUUGAUUUAUGUAUUUUUAUCAGAUGCUCUUGAAUGUAGAAUGUGCAACCCGACUGCUGGAUAUCUCAUUGUUGCUUAAUUUAUGUCGGUUUAACCUCUCUGACUGCAUUUGUGCUACGCCUAGGAUGGGUUAACCCAUGUUACAUAUGAACAAAGUCUGCUCUUGAAUAUAAUGAACAGUGAUUUGAGAAGCAAGUUAUUUGUUGCUUUUUUCAAAAAACAUUUUUUUGAAUUGAGGAUGUAAGAUUAAGUUCUAUUAUAAAAAUUGUACCUUGAAAGUACAACACUAACUGUGGAAAGUGACACUUAGUCUUUCAGUUUCAGGAUGUGGUGUGUUGCUCAUAAACCAGUUUGAUGCUAAAAAUGCAAUGCUAAACCAGGAAGGGCCUGACGUUUUGUUGCUCAAACAGACAGUUGCAUACAUGCCCUGGAUUAGUGAAAAUUACUGUGUUGCAAUUAUGUACAAUAAAAUGCUCUUUAGCAAAAAUUGUAAUAACUUAACACAAUACUUCAUGCAUCAUAGUUUGUAUUUAGUGCAAAUCCGUCAUUAUAUUUUGCAAACCUCAAAAUCCACAUCACUACUAAACAGUGUUUCAUAUGGAGGCUCCUUUCUGUCACAGAAUAAAAAUAUUUUAAAAAGCAUAUUGCGACUUAUCUAACAAUUCUCACUUUUUCUCGUAGUUGCGAGUUUAUAUCUCACAAUUUUGACUUUUUCCUGAGAAUUGUGAGUUUAUAUCAUUUUAAAUUGCUUCCAUAUUUUCAAGAUCAUUGGAGGGAGAAAAGAAAGACUUUAUUUCCUGUUUUGCAGCGAAGCUCUGUGCAGUUGAGGCGUAUGUGAAAUGGUCCAUCUUCAUGAGUGUCAAUGAGACUCUGUGAAAAGUAAAAUCACAGGUUAUUAUAAUUCAGAUGGCAACGUCAAAAAACACCUUUUAAUCAAUACUUAUCCAUGUUUAGUUUGUGAUUCAGAUCUGUUUGGGUUCCUACCUGCAAUUCUGAUAAACAUGCCUUUUUCAGUCUUUCCGUGUGGUCACCCACACACCAAGCAAGGCUUAUGUGGAAAGAAGGAUCCUAUAAUAAAUAAAGAAGGCUGUUACAUAAAA